GGGGGCGGGGCGCGCGGCGCGGGCGGUGCAGGUGCCCGGCCGGGAGCGAGCGGCGGCGGCGGCGGCGGCACCAUGGGCCGGGCCCGGCGCUUCCAGUGGCCGCUGCUGCUGCUGUGGGCGGCCGCGGCGGGGCCAGGGGCAGGACAGGAAGUACAGACAGAGAAUGUGACUGUGGCUGAGGGUGGUGUCGCUGAGAUCACCUGCCGUCUGCAUCAGUACGAUGGCUCCAUAGUUGUCAUUCAGAACCCAGCCCGGCAGACCCUCUUCUUCAACGGCACCCGAGCCCUGAAGGAUGAACGCUUCCAACUCGAGGAGUUCUCCCCACGUCGGGUGCGGAUUCGACUUUCAGAUGCCCGUCUGGAGGAUGAAGGGGGCUAUUUCUGCCAGCUCUACACGGAGGACACCCACCACCAGAUUGCUACACUCACAGUACUGGUGGCCCCGGAGAAUCCCGUGGUGGAAGUCCGAGAGCAGGCAGUAGAGGGUGGUGAGGUGGAGCUCAGCUGCCUGGUUCCGAGGUCCCGUCCGGCUGCUGCACUGCGCUGGUACCGGGAUCGCAAGGAACUGAAAGGGGUGAGCAGCGGCCAGGAGAAUGGCAAGGUCUGGAGCGUGGCGAGCACCGUGCGGUUUCGCGUGGACCGCAAGGACGAUGGCGGCAUCGUCAUCUGCGAGGCACAGAACCAGGCGCUGCCCUCCGGACACAGCAAGCAGACGCAGUACGUGCUGGACGUGCAGUACUCCCCCACGGCGCGGAUCCAUGCCUCCCAGGCUGUGGUGAGGGAGGGAGACACGUUGGUGCUGACAUGUGCAGUGACGGGGAACCCCAGGCCAAAUCAGAUCCGCUGGAACCGUGGGAAUGAGUCUUUGCCCGAAAGGGCGGAGGCGGUGGGGGAGACACUAACGCUACCUGGCUUGGUUUCUGCGGAUAAUGGAACCUAUACCUGUGAGGCCUCAAACAAGCACGGCCACGCGAGGGCGCUCUAUGUGCUCGUGGUCUAUGACCCUGGUGCGGUGGUGGAGGCUCAGACAUCGGUGCCCUACGCCAUAGUGGGCGGCAUCCUGGCGCUCCUGGUGUUUCUGAUCAUCUGUGUGCUGGUGGGCAUGGUCUGGUGCUCAGUGCGGCAGAAGGGCUCCUAUCUGACCCAUGAGGCCAGUGGUUUAGAUGAGCAAGGAGAAGCAAGAGAAGCCUUCCUCAACGGCAGUGACGGACACAAGAGGAAAGAAGAGUUCUUCAUCUGACCCCAUCUCCACCCCAGGCCCGGACCUGGGCAGGGGUCCACCCCACUGCCAGCUGCAAAGACAUUUACCAGAGUCUGGGAUGGUGGGCAUCUCCCCCCACCACUAACACCUCAGACGCUCGGGCAGGGAUGGGGGUGUCAGGUGCCUGGGUCCCGGCAAGAGCCAGAAGUGGGGGCCCAGAGGUCUGGGUCCCCCGGGGGGGGGGGACAGGGGCCGAAGGUCCACACCCCCCAAGUCCAGGGAGGGUGGUAGGGAUUGGGAUGGGGGAAGAUAACUGGGGGAAGGCCAGCGCCCCUAGGCUGCAGAACCAGGUCUUGUGGGGAGGGGGUCAGAUUCUGGGAAGCGUAGGGAGGGCAGGGAAGGGGGAAUACAGAUUUCUUGGGGGUCCUAGACCCCGUGCCAGCCAUUGUUGGAGUUCCACAGAGCUCUGGGCACUUCUUUGCAAAGCCAUGUUUGCACGGUGGGGGUAGGGGUGGGGGGAGGGCUUGGAAACCAGGAUUCUGUGUCUGUGGCAUCACUUUGACUGGGGCAGUAAGGGAGACAGCCUCCACCCUUUGCUCCAGUCCCCAGGUUCCCCCUUUCUCCACCUCCUCCCUCUACAUCUGUCCCACCCAUAUUUGUCUCUCUGUCCACCCACUCCUGAGAGGGGGGCUUCCCCAUCUCUCCUCCAGGUCCCCCAGGGGAGGGGGAAAGAGCCUGGGGGGGCGGGGAGAUGUGUUGGUCUCUAUGGUUUUAUAUAUAAUAUAUUAAAAAAAAAUCAAAAGUCUGUAUGAAAAUAUCAGAUUGCACCCCUCCCCCCAUUCCUGGCUUUUGCCACCCCCCCCUUUUUUUCUGUUUUAAAAAGAACACAUAUUUUGUACAGGGUGGGGAGGGGUCUGGGGUGGGGGUUUGGCAAUCCCACUAACCACCAUUAAACUGAGGAGAGAACCUG